AACGUGAGACGAUAUCAGUUCAGUUAUAGCAAAGUAUUAUUACUUGAUAAUGUGAUAUUUCUGUAAGUGAUAAUCUUAACAUCAUAAUAUAAACUAUGCUUCAACAUUUUAUUUGCAAUUUAUGCUGUUAGCAAAGCUUCAAUAGAUUAAAAGCAACAAUUAUGUACGAAAAAAAAAUUCAUUAAAAAUAAAGAAUUAGAGAUUAAGAAAAAGCCGAUACGCUUUGGUUGUGAUUAUGCUCGUGUAAUCAGAAUAGUUAUUUUUAAAAGAAAUUUGGAAGUUUUCACCUGGCUAAUCGACAUUCGGGUCAGUUGUCGAUGAACUCUUUAGGAGAACGUAGCUAAUCAGUCGCGUGCCAAAAAUUGUAAAUUCCUCGAAAAAAGUAAAACUGCUUAUCAAAAUAGUUUAGCCGUAACUCGUGCUGGUUAUAGAAUCGGAGCAACAUGGGAACUUUGUCACUAAAUGAUUGCGAGGAUGUGAGCAUUCCGUUGCCCUGGGGACAUUUGGCGGGUCGCUGGUAUGGCAACCGCAGCGAACGUCCUAUUCUGGCUCUACACGGCUGGCAGGAUAACCUGGGCACCUUCGAUACACUAAUCCCCCUAUUGCCGGACUACUUGGGAGUGCUCUGCAUAGAUCUGCCAGGACAUGGACACUCCUCUCGUCUGCCGAAGGGAAUACAAUAUGACUUUGUGAACUUUGCUUUUAUCAUAGGCCGCGUGAUGCAAGAGUAUAAAUGGUCAAAGGUCUCGCUGCUGGGUCACUCAAUGGGCGCCAUUCUUAGCUUCAUUUACAGCUCCUUAGCACCGCACACUGUGGAUCUUGUGAUACUAAUUGAGGGUGUAAUCAAUCCAUUUGCUCGACUGGACUUGGAUAUAUCUGCAUUCAAUAUUGAGCGGUGUCUACAGGAAGUGGAUCGCAUGGCAAUUAAUGAGGUUACCAACUAUGAACCCACUUCCUACUCGAUGGAACAUUUCUGCCAAUUUGUUCAUACCUGUACAGUCGAGGCUGUGUCGAAAGAACUGGCUCCACAUCUGCUCAAACGCAGCGUACACAGAUCUCAAUUGUAUCCAGAUAAGUACUACACAUUGAAAGAUAAUCGCACUAAGUGUGCCGUUGAACUGGAGCUGAGUUUGGAACUCGCAGCUGAGAUGGCGCGAUGCAUUCGAGAGAAACCUGUCCUUAUCCUCAAAGGCGCCGAGUCCCCUUUCAUUUGUGAAAGAGACGAGGAGGUUCUCUCCAUUCUGAGGGCGCAAAACUCUGACCUGGAGUUCCACGAAUUGCAGGGCAAUCAUUACAUACAUCUCUGCAACGCUGAAGCGUGUGCCGCUCACAUUGUUCCCUUUUUAAGGCGUCAUCGUCCACCUUCAAGAAUUGAUAACUCCCAGCGGAAGCAGCACAAAUUGUAGUCAGUUUAUAUAAUAAAAUUGUCAACCUACUUGGACGAAAGUAAAAGUGAGACUAAUAUUCCGGACCGUGAUAACCACGAAAGCUUCUCGGACAGCUGAUGCGAAAGCUUUUCACACACACCUGACCUACGAAUAUGUU